UCCUCUUGCCUGGAGGCGGGGAAGGCGGAGGCGGCCGCGGCCUCGACGUCGGCGACCGCGCCGCCCGCGAUGGGAAGUGCCUUAUAAGCCUCGGCUCGGCCGGCCCCGCCGCUCGUAGCCUCGCCCUCCGGGAGAGCGCGCGGAGGCCCGGCCGACAUCCGCAGACCCGCUCCGCCGCGACCCCGGGCCGGGACGGACCCGGACUCGAGCAGGCCUCCUACCGACCCGGUCUCCGGACGGAGCCCAAACGGACCCCGGCCCCAAGUAGACCUCGGAGGGGCGCCAGCCCGGGACUGAGCCCGGGCAGACCCUGACCGACUCCGGCUCCGGACAGAUCCCAGGUCUCUUCGACUCUGGACAGACCUCGGACGGACCCCGGCGCCGGACCGACCCCAGGCCGGGCAGACCCCGGCUCCGCGCAGAUCCCGGACCGAUCCCGGCGCCGGACGGACUUCGGGCGGACCCCGGCCCUGGAUUGACCCCGGCUCCGCGCAGAUCCCGGGCAGAUACAGGCGCCCGACGGACUCUGGGCGGACCCCGGCCCCGGGCUGCCCCCGGCCCGGGCGGGCGCGCCCCCUGCCGGCCGGGGCAUGCGCGGCCCGCGGCAUGGCCUCGGCGGUGUUUGAGGGCACGUCGCUCGUGAACAUGUUCGUGCGCGGCUGCUGGGUGAACGGCAUCCGCAGGCUCAUCGUCAGCCGGCGCGGCGACGAGGAGGAGUUCUUCGAGAUCCGCACCGAGUGGUCGGACCGCAGCGUGCUGUACCUGCACCGCAGCCUGGCCGACCUGGGCCGCCUGUGGCAGCGCCUCCGCGACGCCUUCCCCGAGGACCGGCCGGAGCUGGCGCGCGCGCCGCUGCGCCAAGGUCUGGUUGCCAUAAAGGAUGCUCACGACAUAGAGACCAGGCUUAAUGAGGUGGAGAAGCUGCUCAAGACCGUCAUUGGCAUGCCCCGGAAGUACUCCAGGUCGGAAGUCGUGCUCACCUUCUUCGAACGCUCUCCCCUGGAUCAGGUGUUAAAAAAUGACAACGUCCACAAAAUUCAGCCCAGCUUCCAAAGUCCGGUGAAAAUAUCGGAAAUCAUGCGGUCCAAUGGAUUUUGUCUAGCGAAUACGGAAACGAUUGUUAUCGACCACGGGAUCCCGAGCGGCAAAGACCCCCUGGCCGUGGACCCCACGGAGCACCUGUUUGAGAAUGGUGCCGAGUUUGCCCCCGAGCUGGAGGACGGCGAUGACCCAGCAGCUUAUGUCACCAACCUGUCCUACUACCACCUGGUGCCCUUCGAGACGGACAUCCUGGACUGAGUCCCCCUGGGCCCCUCCUCCCCCAGCCGUGGCCGCUGCUGUCCACCGUGCCGGGGACCUGGUCCAGCCAGCCUCCCCUGCCGUGGAGCCCCCCAGACGUCUAGGGUCUGCACCCCUGGGACGUCCCCCCACCCCCGACGCGUGGAGGAGCCACAAGUGCCUGCAGGACGCCCAGGCCAGGGCUGGACACCCACUGCCCCGCCUUCUCCUGGUGGGCCCCCUCCCCGCCCUCGACAAGUGCCCAGGGCAUUUCAUGUGAGCUCUUGGUGAGGCGCCAAGUUCUGGACCACAGAGGCGGUGUGUCCUGCCCCGGCUUUUCCCAGGAAACCGGGACGUGUGGCUCUCAUUGUGUUUUUCAUCUUCUUUCCGGAAGCUGUGGCCUUUGUGUUGGGUAGGGUGUGUUUACGGGAGGUGAGCUGGCGGCCACGGGCACGGGGAACCGGGCGCCCGUGUGACCGGCCCUGAGCGGGGAUGAGGAUGGUUCUCGGGAGAGGGAGGAGCGCCCACCUGGCCUCCUGCGAGGGGUGACAGCGCGGUGUCCCUGGGUGGCGAGGGUCCCUCUCCUCCGGUCCCCAACGUUGUCAUCUCUGCAGUAACCGCCGAGAGGACGGGAAUCAAGCAAAAGGUCCCGAGUGUCCCCAGGAGCCUCCUGCCCUCGGGGAGGCUGUGGGUUUGUGUCUUUAUCCCUCACGGAGUCUACUAACGACCAGAAUUUGCUCAUGUAAAUAAUAGUAAAUUAUUGAGAAUCCUAAUUCUUUUACACAGUCUGUUUUUUAAUCUAUUUUAAUUAAAUAAAGCACAUUACUUUUAUCGAUUUCCGGUG